GCUGGGCUGUUCAAAAACGGGUCACCUGUAACGAUGUGACAAUUAAGGCCAUGCAACAGGGCGGCAUCACGUGACUGAUCUUGAUUUGCCACAGGUGUUCAUCUGUCCUGGAGCGUCGGCCAUGUAGAUUCCGUUUGCAUACAGUUGACUAUUUGUAACGUUUGAAAAAUAAGGAUUUUUCAAAUAGCCAUGGGUCACUGAUGGAAAUGCGCCAUGAUGUCCGGCAUAAACAACCUUUCCAUUCCCUCAACAGAUGUGGACUUGAAUGUCACGGAUCUACAGAGGACCCUGGAGGCUCACCGCACCAUUAAAAUCGGGAUUAUAUCGGUUUUGGGAGUGAUGAUAACGUUGGGAAACAUAGCUGUGGUGAUGGUCAUAGCUUCAGCGGUAUCGGGGUGGUCGAGAAACUCUCGGUACUUUCUCUUAUCGUUAACGGGAGCGGACUCGGCGUUUGGGCUGCUUAUCAUGCCGCUCAAUUUGUGCGUGAGUUUCAUGAAAGAAUAUAACGGGGGCCCGGACCCCUUCUGUCACGUCGUGGCAUUUUUCAACGCGACUAUAUAUUCCACCUGCAUGUACACCCUUGCAACCAUAAGCCUGGAACGAUACAUAGCAGUGUUUUACCCUCUGAAGUACUCCACCGUGCUGACCAGGAGAAGAGCGCUGCUUCUGAUCGCGUUCGCGUGGGGUUUCCCUCCCGUUCUCCUCGUUCCCAUCUCGUUCCCGGCGGGCAUCAUUGAAGUGCGGUUCUCCAGAGCCUCGCUCGUGUGCAACCCGCUGUACUCCAGCAAUGUGUCUUACUCUCUGUCUCUGACUUGCUUCAUCUUCUUCCCGUGCUCGGCCAUCAUGACCUUCUGUAACCUCAGACUGUGGAUAGCCGCGAAGAGACAGAGGCUGAAGCUGAGAAGGCACAGCUGGGGUGGAGGAUACAGGCCUAAAGUCGCCUUGCGUGUUCUAGUGCCAGUCAUGACCGUUUACUACACCUGCUGGACGCCCUGCAUGGUCAUCAUGCUGUACAAUGCGAUUUCCGGCAGUGGUGUCCCCGAAUGGAUCGAGUUUAUUGCUGUGUGGUUACCCACCUCCAAUGGCUUCCUCAAUUGUAUCUUCUACUUCUGGAUCAACCAUAGCUUUAGAAGGAAAUUCCAUUUGGUUCUUCAGAGACUAUGUCUAGGACUUUGUCCAGGUUCUGACAGUGAUUCAAGCUGCGUCAACUCGGUGGAAUCUUCUGUGGUUCCCAGAUGGAACGGUAACUGCUCGCUCCAUGAGCGCUUUUCUAGCGUGUCAUCCACCUGCACUCUGCUGACGCUCAUGCCACCUCAGACCAGCGUGCGUCAACCAGAGCCGGCUUGAGAAUCCUUUUAGUCUUGUGAGCUGAUGAAGUUUUAAAGCUCUGGUGAAGUUGAGUCAUCAUGAGUGCUACUGACAUGUCAUUAACCUGCUCGGAUGGAGGUUAUUCCACUAAAUGUCUUUUUAAUCGCAAGUUAGCAUUCAGAAACACUCAUACUCAUGCUCUUUUAGUUCAAUGGCUAUUUGUGCCUUUUUGCUACUUGAUGGCACCUUCUCAUAUUCACUCAGACCUGGUUUCUUGGCCUAAUUGAAGUCUGAAAUGGUUUUGCGUUGUUGAUUGCCAUUUCAGGUUAAACACACAAGAGCCUUUGAAGCCUUUGCACACAUUUCCUUAUCUAUUCAUAAACCCAAUAUCAAGCAGCUG